GCGAUUGCCAUGUCCGCUCUUGAGUAUUUCCGGAUAAAAUACUGAGACUAGGCUGGUAUGAACAAAGACCACAACUAGGUGUAUUUUAGUUCCUCCCAGUCCAUAAGUACCCCACUCAAGACCCAGAGUUCAAAUUACGAAGUCAAUGCCAGCAAGCUCCAACACCCUUCCCCAUCCAACGCCCUCCGGCUCCAAGAUCUGAAUCAAGAAACCCACCGGCGAUGGGGCUGUGCGACUGCUUGGGCGAGUGCUGGGACGACUGCAAGUGGGCAUUAGCGUGCAUCGCCGCCGUCGUCGCUGUCAUCAUCAUCGUCGUCAUGGUCGCCGCCUACAGCUUCGCCGUCCAGCCCUCCAUCACCGUCGAGGACGCCUCGCUGACCAGGUUCGCGCUGGCGACCUCCCCGGUGACCUCGCUCGGGUACAACCUCUCUCUGAAGCUCGUCGUCCGCAACCGCAACUGGGCGACGACCAUGAAGAACACGGAGCCGCUGGAGGCGGCGUACAAGUUCGACGGGCAGCAGUUCGAGCGCGUGCAGGUCGCCGACAAGGGCGACAAGCACGGCCCCAGGAAGACCCGGGUGUACCGCCUCGACUCGGGCUCGGACAGCGCCUACGCGGCGCUGGGCAACGCCGGCGUCGCCGCGUACAGGGAGCAGAACAAGACCGGGGAGUUCGAGCUGGAGGUGGCGGUCACCGGCGAGGUGCGGUACACGCUGCAGCUGAAGAAGAACAAGCUGGCGGGUACCUGCAAGCUCAAGCUGAAGCUCGACUCGCCGGCGACGGCCGCCGUGGUGUUCGAGAAGGUGAAAUGCAAGCUCGAGAAGGAGAAGAAGGACAAGGAGUAGUUAAUUUGCUAGCUCCUUUGUACUGUAUGGUUUUCAUCCAAAGUUCCAAGCAAUCUAUGGUGGCCGGUUGCCAACUCGCCAUAUCGAGUAGUUGUAGUACUUCUCAAUUUAUUUUAUUCCUUCCUUACCCUUAUGUAAACAUAUUUUCGAUGGUGAAUCUUGGUUGCUAGUGUUUGAAAUUUACAUGUGCUAUGUUUCCCCAUUUUUUUG